AGCUUGUGUUGGGCAUUAUUGUCGGUGUUGCUUGGCUAUGUAGCAUUCGGCUAGCGGCUAAUGCUCACGAUUUUCGCAAUUUUGUCGACGUUAUCAUCAAAUCAGCUGAAUACAACAAAGUUUCGCUUCGGUGGAGGAUUACUGGGUUCACGGUGGGAUUCAUCACCGCUUCCCAACAUGGAAAUGAUGACUGGAAAUGCUUCUUCAGCUGCCUGGAGAUGACCUGCCACCCUUUUGGGAAUGGUCAGAAUGGGGCCAGAUGUGCCCCUUCUCAAUGAGUACAAGCAGGAGUUCUUCUGGAAGCGCUUCCCCCAAACGGUGUUGGGGGGUCCGCGCUUCAAAUUGGGCUACUGCGCUCCACCGUACGUCUAUGUCAAUCAGGCCGUGCUUUUCCUGACACCAUGGCUUUUCGGGGGCGUCAGCACGCUCCUCUGCCAGUUGCAGCUUCUCCAGGAGCUGCACGCCGCCAUGCUUUCCGGCGCGCUGAUGUUUGCGGCAGCCGCCGCCGUCCAGGCAGUGGCGUUGUAUGCCGGGCGACGGAGCGGUGCCGUGGAACGGCUCGGAGCACCCAACACCCUCGUGGAUGAAGAGGAAGUGGAGUUUACUCACUGCGUCAGCCCAGAGACGGUCCGAUUCAUUGCUCCUGGGAAGAUAUUUGGGCUGAAUGUUGUGAUUCAUACGGUACUAGCUGGACUUCUGUGUGCUUUCGGGACAUGGUAUGUGCUACUUGGCAGACUGACCGCUCUGUACGGUAGCAUAAGUGUCUCCCUGGUCGUUUUUGUCCUAAGUUGGGUGACUGUGUGCAUUGCGGAGUAUUCCCUGGUUGUGAAUACAGCCACAGAGACUGCUACUUUCCAGGCGCAGGACACUUAUGAGAUUACCCCACUCACUCGACCCAUCUACAUUUUCAUUUUCAUUGUUGUGGACUUGACUGAUAGGUUCUCUGGCCCAGUUCCGGAGCUCCAACUUGCCAGCCAGGUUCUUCAUGUGCUUUUCCUCUUCCUACCUCUGCUGUGGGCACUGGGAAUACUACCUCCCCUCGAUGCCUUGUUCCUCUGGGGCAUGGAGCAGGUGCUUGUGUUUGGAUUAGGAGGCUCCCCCAUGUCCAGCAACUUCAGGUUGCUUUUGAUGUUUGGCGUUUCUGCUGGCGUAGCUGUGUGCAAUUACUUUAUCCCAUCAACACUGGGAGUCGUCCUCUUCUCCACCGCGACGGGAUUCCUGCUGAGCCUGGAUCUCAGCCAGGUUGGCGCCCUCUGCAAUGCUCCCAAGGCCCACUGCAAGGACUACGGCCCGCGCAGAGGCAGGUCUCCGCCGCCGCCUCUUUCCAACACCUUUGGCUGGAAUCUGGGCUGCAGGGAGGUGGUGAUGUAUGCGUGCCUGUUGUUGGCGGCACUGGCAGAAGCUGGCCUGUUGCAUCACUUCCACAGUUCAGCUCAGUCCCACAGUUUGGUCAGGGGACCCCAGGCUCCUGUCAGCUACCUCCUCCUGGUCCUCUUCUCCCUCUGCUGGCUUCUCAGAGAGAUCCAAGGGGCCUAUGUGUGCGCCGGCUUAUUCCUCAAUCCGGUGUACCCGAAAGGCAUGUCCAGUGUGCAGACUUUCGAACAGAAGAACAGAGGCUUAUUCAUUGCAGCAGCCAUCAGAAGAGUCCUCCUUUAUCUUGUGUCUCCGUUUGCAUUGAUUGCUUUCCUGUCUAUGGACAAAUCCCUGCAGCAGCUCCAUGGGGUUCCUCUCAGUGUGGGAUUCGCACGAGCUUUCAGAGUGGCAUGGCAGAGCUCAGAGGAUGCUUUAUUGCAAAUGGUCGUGGUCGUCAUUGUGCGUCUUGCAGCCGGAAACAAUAGGCUGCCUGGGUGGGACAGCCUCGGCACGGGGGUGCAGCUUCUGCUGGUUGGCCUUCUGAUGGAUCGACUGACCCAGUUCCUGGCCAAGUUAAAGUUCACCCUCACCGUGUUGGUGACAUCUUGGACUGAGAAGAAGCAGCGGCGUCAGUCGGCCGGAACCCUCCUUGCGCUCAACGCCUCCCUCUGCCCGCUGCUGUUGGCUGUGGUGACCCUGUCUGCCCUGCUCUCUGCCCCCUUACUCCCCCUCUUCACACUACCCAUCUUCCUGGUGGGCUUCCCCAGGCCUCAGCGCAGUUGGCCGGGGCCCGUCGGUACUGCCUGUCCGUGCCCAGACUCCAUCUUCUACCAGCAGAUGAGUGGAAGUCUUGCCUCUGCCCUGAGGACGGCCUUUGCAAGAGGAUCGCUGGGUUCUUUAGCACCAGGCUCUCACUUUCUUGGCCGCUUUCAGGACCGCAUGGUUUGGAUCAUGAUUUUGGAGAGAGGAUACGGCUACUGCACCGUCAAUAUUAAGGGUUUGGAGCUACAGGAGACAUCUUGCCACACGGUAGAAGCACGUAGGGUGGAUGAGGUUUUCGAGGCUGCUUUCGAGCGGCCGGAGCGUCUUGGUUUGACUCAAGGGUUGAACCUUCACUGGGCCAACGCUCUCACACCUUGCACAGCGCUGGCGGUGCGCGUCUACUCGGACGCCCGCAACGUCCUCUCGGGCAUCAUCGACUCUCACGACAACCUGAGGAAGCUUCAGGAUGACUUUCUGAAAGCCUUGGUGUGGUUGCUCUUGCGUUAUUGUGUCAAGAAGCAUAAAGGCUCUAUGUGGAGCUGUGACGACGGGGCGGGAAUCGGGGGCCGAAAGUCGCAAUCUUCCCAGCAGGCGCAGCAGACUGCAUGCAACCAACCGCCUGAGGCUAUCGUGGUGGAAUCCAAAGUAUCUUCCCUUAGAUUCAGACAGGACAGCUCGAGCAUGACAUCCUUUGGAGACUGGUCAGAUGAGGAUGAUCUUUUUGGACCUCAACCAGCCAGGCGGACGGUUGCCCUGGUGACGGCAGAGGCCCAGUCUGGACACACAGUGCUCCAGACGGGAGCCUCUCUUCCAGGGUCUGUCGAGAUGGACAGUCUGUUUGAAAACAUGGCCCUCUCGGCCCUGCAGCCAUUACAGCCUUUGGGACUGGGCAUCGGGAUGCCAGCGGUCGACAAAGGUCACAACACGGAGAUCUUCAAAGAGAGUCCCGGCUCGCUCCACCAGCUGACGUUCAGCUGCCCUCAGUCCGAGGUGUUCAACCUACCGACGGGAUGGAGGACGGCGCCGAUGUUAGCAAGCAGGCUGCUGCACCUCAGGCCGUUAUUCCCCGAGGACUGGUUCAGGUUUGCCCUGAGCAGGUUCGGACCGGUCUUGCAGAGCGACACUUCCGAGGACAUGACCAAAGCUCUAAAGGAAGACGAAACCUUGAAGGACCUCCACGCUCAGGUGGCACUCUCGUGUCUGGUGUCGCUCGGCGCUGAGUCGGCCUUCACCAGUCCCAGUUACAUCUACAGGCUCUACUGUGGAGACGUGCCAUGGUCAGAGGGCCUCGAAUGGCUCUCCUCCAGCAAAGAACUUUAUCAGCUCGCUCUUAGGGCUUUCAGGUUUAGUUUUAAGCUCCUGUUCGAUCAAGCCAGCCUUGGGCCGAUGGAGUCCCCCGAGGAGAUGUUCAGUACUUUGGAGGAAUAUGAAAGGGACUGGUACAUUGGAUUGGUGUCCGAGAAAGGCUGGCAUGACAGCGUCCUUCAGGAGAAGCCAUUCCUCUUCUCUUUAGGUCAUGACCUCUCCAUGGGUACGUACACUGGGCGAGUGCUGUCCUUGCAGGAGCAGUUGGUGCAGGUGGGCCGACUGAAUGGCGAAGGGGUGCGAGGCCAGUGGGCCAACCUGUCUUGGGAGCUCCUGUAUGCCACUAACGACGAUGAGGAGCGCUACAGCAUCCAGGCUCACCCCUUCAUGUUAAGGAACCUGACUGUCCAGGCGGCAGACCCACCUCUGGGGUAUCCCAUUUACUCAUCAGCACCCCUUCACUUCCCCUGCCUCUGACCACUGAGGUGAGGAGCGCUUUUUUUUCUUUUUCGUUUUUUUUACUCCACCACAAGGUUUCAUGUUUUACCAAUGAGGAUGAAAGAAUAGACAACAGGGAUCUUUUCCCUAGAAUGAUGGAAUGUUGACAACUUUUUUUAUGCAUAUAUCAUGGUGCUUUAGUGCAUUACCACAGAGAAAUACACAUCAAGCUGGGAAAUGCACAUUUGUACUGACACAAGCCAGUUUAGAUGGAUACAUGAAUCACGAUACAGUACACUGAAAAUCAUGAUUGGAGGUUAAAUUUAAACUCACAGUGGUUUGGGAGUUGAUGAUUUUAAAGCUUUUUUUAUUUGUUACAAUAUUUAAAUAAUGACCCAACCUUUCUGCGAAAAAGGGAAACAAUACAAUUAUUGUCAAGAUAUCAAGAAUGUGCCUUGGGUGUGUCAUGCUGUAUGCUUUCAGUGCAAUUUGUUUGUUUACAGUUCACUUGUUUACAACUUUUAAAAUAAUUGUUCAACAGUGAUCAUAGUAUUGUACAUAUUGCUCAUUUUAUAUGUAUAUCUGUAUAUAAUAAAAUGACUUGUAAGAAGCUGAUAUUUCACUUUGCACCAAACAAGCUUUGUAAAGUUAAAAAAAAAAA